AUGAGCAAGAAAACGUCUGAGGCCCAACAGAAAUUCCAUAGUUAUGAACUUGAAGUAUUAGCGAUAGUAGAGGCAUUAAAGAAGUUUCGCGUUUACUUGCUGGGAUUAAAAUUCAAAAUAGUGACUGAUUGUGUCGCCUUUACCAAAACUUUAGAGAAGAGGGAACUAGCUACUAGAGUAGCCAGAUGGGCGUUACUGAUCACCGAAUAUGACUAUAUAAUUGAACAUAGGGCCGGGUCGCGGAUGCCUCAUGUUGAUUCUCUGAGUCGGUAUCCUAUGUGCAUGGUACUACACAGUGAAUUCUUAGCGCGACUGAAGAUUGCUCAGCAAGAUGAUCCCCAUAUACAGCCACUCACUAUAGAUGAUCAAACUUUCACCAAAGUUGGUGGGCUAGUAUAUGAGAUUCGGAACGGCCAAAAUUUACUGUUGGUCCCAGGCAGGAUGUAG